AUGUCAACUCAAUUAUCGCUUAAAUGUUUCAAAACAACAAAAACGAUGCAAAAAACUGUUGAUGGAAUUUUUCUAUAUGUAUCGUCCAACAUGUUUGUCAGAGAAAAUGUCAAGAAGAUUUCGAUUUCAAUAUUCAUGAAGAUUUCUUUUAGUGCUGCAGAAAUUUCACCAAAAAUUUGUGGAAGAAUUGCAAAGAAAAUAUUGCCAUUAAUUAAGAUCGUUUUAUUAACAACAAAAUCAGAAAAUUUAAGAAAGUUUUUUACUUUUGUGCUGAGAAUGAAGUCAGAAAGAAAUCCCGUGGAGUUUUAA